AUGACUGAUCUUAUUGAAGAUAAAUAUAUUGGUCUGGGGCUGGCCAUUUCCAGUUCCCUGGCCAUCGGAACCAGUUUCAUUCUCACAAAAAAGGGACUUAUGGCUGCAGCAGAUCAAGGCUUUCAAGGCGACGGCUACGAAUAUCUCAAAAAUCCCAUCUGGUGGGCAGGCAUGUUGACCAUGGCUAUCGGAGAAAUUGCAAACUUUGCGGCGUAUACGUUUGCGCCGGCGAUUCUCGUCACACCUCUAGGUGCACUUGCCGUCAUUAUUGGAGCUGUACUUGCGGCACUCAUUCUCAAAGAAGAGCUGGGAGUGCUGGGUAAAAUGGGCUGCGCAAUUUGUCUUAUCGGCUCUGUGAUUAUCAUUCUGCAUGCACCCGCAGACAAGGACGUCCAGACAGUUGACGAGAUUUUAGAAUACGCGAUGCGGCCUGGGUUUCUAUGUUAUGUCUUUUUUGUCGCUGUUUUCUCAACCGUUAUGAUUUACGUGAUUGCGCCUAGAUUUGGUCGCAAAAACCCAAUGGUCUACAUCUCCAUCUGCUCUACAGUCGGCUCCGUUUCGGUCAUGGCUAUCAAGGGCUUUGGUAUUGCGCUCAAGCUGACCUUUGCUGGCAACAAUCAGUUUAGCCAUCCGUCGACCUAUGUGUUUGCGAUUGUCGUUGUUGUUUGCAUCUUGACACAGAUGAACUACUUUAAUAAGGCGCUUGACCAAUUUGAUACCUCUAUCGUUAACCCCCUUUACUACGUAACGUUCACAACUGCCACUCUGUGUGCAUCCUUCCUGCUCUUUUCGGGCUUCAACACCACCAACGCAUCAAACUCCGUGUCUCUCAUUUGCGGCUUUCUCAUCAUCUUUGCUGGUGUUUAUCUCCUCAAUGUUUCGCGCGGUGACAAUAUUAAAAACUUAUUCCCAUCAAAGGCUAUCGAUGGCAUGCCCAUGGAUAAUAUGAUGGCAGGCGUACAAACACGUCAUAGCUUACAACUUCAGCGAGCUUCGAUGCAGCACCGCCGGUCGGCAUCAAUGCGAUCGCACGAUGCUAGAUUGCUCAACGAUAUGGAGGAAGAGAGCUUAGGACUGACACGGCUCGAUGAUGACUACGAAUAUGGCCGGUCAAACAAUAAUAGCAAUUCAAGCCUGGCAAUUAAUGGGGGUGGUUCUGCAUCUGGCACUGGAUCGAAAAGCCAGGCUGAAGAAGAGGCUGAAUUUUCAGAAACAGACUCUCUUGAUUUUGAAGGCAAGGAUAGAUUAAUAAGGCCUAAGCGGACAAACAGUUUACGACGAGUCAUGUAA